AUUUAUUUUUUAAAACCAUAAAAAUAUAUUUAUAUAAAAUGUUAUGACUGUCAUUUAAGUACAUAAAUGUUGUUUUCUUACUAUUAACUACUCUAACAUAAUUUAAUUUUAAAUAUGAUUAAAGUCUCCCGGAAGUGGAAAGACUCUCGGUCGUGCUGCAGCUUUGUGUUUCCUGUUUACGGGCGGGAAGAGUGAACCUGCGCCUCAGCCUGUCCUGCAUUACAGCUCAUUUCAUCGCUAUCUUUCCCUGCACACCUCUGGAUUAUUUUAGAGCUUUUUACUCCUUUUAUUAAUUCUCAUCAGACGCUUCGUGCGGUCCGCCGCGUGUUUCUGACUGAAGUUUAAAGCUCUGAUGGACGAGCCUGCAGACUCCGGCGGUGGUGCGGCAGCAGAGGGCCCCACGGUGCAGGUGACGGAGAUCCGCUGCCCCGCAGGAGCGCGUCCCCUGCGGCUGCUCGAGUGGAAGGUGAAACCCGGAGCUCUGGUGAACGUUGACUCCGUCCUCGCGGUUUGUGCACCGAUCCCCGCGGAAGGCGAGUCCAGAGCGCCCGAGAAGAAGCUGAAGUCAGACCGCGCUGGAGUUGUGCGGGAACUGUGCUGUCAACUCGGACAGGUCAUCACGCCCGGGAGUGUGGUGGUAAAAGUAGAAGAAUGCAGUCAUCCCAUUGUAAUGAAGGGCUUGUGUGCCGAAUGUGGCCAAGACUUAACUCAACUACAGAGCAAGAAUGGAAAGCAGCAGGCGCCCAUCUCUACAGCGACCGUUUCCAUGGUGCACAGUGUUCCCGAGCUGAUGGUCAGCUCAGAGCAAGCAGAGCAGCUUGGCCGAGAGGACCAGCAAAGACUUCACAGGAACAGGAAGUUAGUGCUGAUGGUGGAUCUGGACCAAACGCUGAUCCACACCACUGAACAGCACUGUCAGCGCAUGUCCAACAAGGGAAUCUUUCAUUUCCAGCUGGGACGGGGGGAGCCGAUGCUUCAUACACGAUUGCGGCCUCACUGCAAAGACUUUCUAGAAAAGAUCGCCAAACUCUACGAGCUGCACGUCUUCACCUUUGGCAGCCGUUUAUACGCUCACACCAUUGCAGGUUUUUUAGACCCCGAAAAGAAACUCUUCUCUCAUCGGAUCAUGUCUAGAGAUGAAUGCAUUGACCCCUUCUCUAAAACAGGAAACCUCAGAAAUUUGUUCCCCUGUGGAGACUCCAUGGUGUGCAUCAUAGACGAUAGAGAGGACGUGUGGAAGUUUGCCCCUAACCUCAUCACAGUGAAGAAAUAUAUCUACUUCCAGGGCACCGGCGACAUCAACGCCCCACCGGGCUCAAGAGAGGCCCAGAUGGCCAGAAAAGGUAACCAGGCUGGGCGACCUGCAGAGAACCUGGAAUCAUCAGGACAGGAGGAACAGAGAAACGGCCUCAGGAAAUCCAGCAAGGACCGAAAAACUGGGCAUGAGGAGUCGUCCGCCUCUGCCACCGCCACUCAGGGAGCACCAGCCAAUGAGAGGACUCACCCCGCAGGGGAACGUCCCACUGACAGCACAGGUUUAACUGACAAGUGUAAUGUGAAAGCAGAGGAGGAGGAGGGAAGCUCAGGUGUGACGUGUACCUCAGGUGAGACUGACACCCCAAACGCUGCUCCUGCUCCUGCUGCUGACGCCAACGACCUGGAUUUUGACCUUUCCAGCGACAGCGAAAGCGAGGGUAAAACGGGAUUAUCCGACAGCGAUGGUGAAGGACAGGCUGGGAAAGCCAAACAAAGCCAAACAAAAACAGAGGAGUGUAAAAGCAAAGAGGAUGUUGGAGAUGGGGACAAACAGAGGACAGCAGGGGACAACGUCCCAGAAACGGAUCCAGAGGGCCUCAGCGAUUUAGGCAACGGCUGUUCCGACAAGAAAGAAGUGGAAACGGAGUCUCAAAACAGCGAGCAGUCCGGCGUCACCAUGGGUGAAGAGUCUUUAGAUCACAGUAUGGAGGAUGAGGACGAUGAGGAAGAGGAAGACUUGGACGAGGACGACCACCUCAUUUACUUGGAGGAGGUUUUGGUUCGCAUCCACAGCGAGUAUUACUCACGCUACGAGGCCUUUCUUAGGAAAGAGAGUUCGGAGAGUCCGGACAUACGGAAGAUCAUUCCCGAACUGAAGGGGCGCGCGCUGGUGGGCGACACCAUCAUCUUCAGCGGCCUGUAUCCCACCAACUACCCGAUGGAGCGCACGAGGGAGUGGUACCACGCCAAGGCGCUGGGUGCCAAGCUUGGCAAAACCCUGGUGCUCAAUGCCAAAGACCCAAACCGCACCACGCACCUUAUUGCUGCACGUGCAGGUACCGAGAAAGUUCGUCAAGCUCAGGGCUGUAAACAUCUCCAUGUGGUGAAUCCUGAUUGGUUGUGGGCCUGUUUGGAGCGCUGGGAGCGAGUCGAGGAGCGACUCUUUCCUCUCAAAGAGGACUAUAACAAAUCACACAGGAGCAAUAGUCCUGCCACGUUUCCAGACAUCCACGGGUCCAUCCCAAAGCCUCUGUUCCAGGCCCCUCCUGUUCAGCAGAAGACCCUGCCGGCACCGGAAAUGCGGACGUAUGACCCCGUCACCGGCAAACUGAUUCGCCGGGGUCCUCAGGCCUCCCGUCCGCCCUCGUAUCUGCACUCGCAUGGAUCGUCCAUGUCGGCCAAGGGAGAUCUGUCCAGCCUCAGGUCAGCUCAGGGCUCUCAGCAGACAGAUGAGGUUGCAGGAUCGAGUGCUGACGAUGAGCAGCCUGGACCUUCCCGCAGGAAACGGCAGCCCAGCAUGUCUGAAACCAUGCCGCUCUACACGCUCUGCAAAGAAGACCUGGAGAGCAUGGACAAAGAGGUGGAUGACAUCCUUGGGGAAGAGAGUGACAAUGAGAGCGAGGGAAAAGGGAAAGAGGAGAGGAUGGAGGUAGAGGAGGAGGAAGAGGAAGAACAGCCCCACACGAGCAAGCAGAAGGUCCCAGGAUCCGAUCACGUCCCGCCACUGGCUGCUGUUGUUGAGGAAGCACCCCAAACAUCAACCAGAGAAGAAGUCUGUGUAGUGGAGAACGAGCCAAGGGGCCACAAAAGAAAACUGGAGGAGGCCAGAGAAGAUAACGACGACGAUGAUAAUGAUAAGGAUGAUGAUGGCGGCUCCAGUAAAGACUCCAAUGAAGAGGGCAGCAGCUCGGAGGCCGACGAGAUGGCCGCCGCGCUGGAGGCGGAGCUAAAUGACUUCAUGUGAGCUGAUCGGACGACGAUGCAUAUGAACUAUUCUGUGUUCUCAUAAGGUACCUGAGACAUACGUUUGUGUCGCUGUCAUACAGCGCAAGUAAAUGUGUGUGUGCGUGUGUGUGUGAGAAUAAAACUAAGGGUUUACAAAGUAGAUAGAUAUGUACAGAUAGAGUUUUAGUAGAACAAGUCCAACACAAAGUCAUUUUAUUGUGUAUUUACUUACAGUACGUAGCGGUGUGGGAAGUAGAGCUUCUGUGUCUGAUGUUUUACUUAGUUUCUCUUCCAAAAUUAAUUUUUAUAUAAAUGUACAUGAAAUAUUUCAACUUAUUGGUAACGAAUGCCAAAGAGUCUGAAGCGGGCCUGCAGCUGAGAGCUCUGCUCAUGGAGGGGGUAUGUGGUCCUCACCAGCAGUCAAACUCAGACGUCCGAAUGUGUCCAGUGUCGUCUCGUACGUCGUCCCGUGUUGUUGACGCCCCCGUGUGUGACUGACACUGUGCUGCACCAAUCCCAGAAUACCAGCACCUUUAGACACGCCCACAGCCACUAUUACCAAAAAACUGCUACGUGAAGAACAGAUAACAACAUGAAGUGUAAAAUCAGUAACACACUUUCAACAGAAGAUCUGAUUGUGGUUUGCAACUGAUUACUUUGAUAUUAAAGGAAUAGUUCGCAAAAAUGACUUGUGUAGUUCUGUCAUCAUUUACUUACUCGUUACAAACCAAGAAACAAAAUGCAAAAUUAAGUAGAAAGUCAGAACCCUUUUUUUUAAUAUAAAAUCAUAAUGUCACAGUCCUAAAAAUUGCACUGUAAAAGCUUCUAAAGCCGUACUAUAGCUUUAUAUGAGGAAAAUGGAAGUCAUUGUUUAUUUAAAGGAUUAGUUCACUUCCAGAACAAAAAAGUACAGAUAAUGUACUCCCCCCUUGUCAUCCAAGACAUUCAUGUCUUUCUUUCUUCAGUCGUAAAGAAAUUGUUUUUUGAAGAAAACAUUUCAAGGAUUUUUUUUCCCAUAUAGUGGACGUCUAUGGUGCCCCGAGUUUCAAAAUGUAGUUUAAAUGCGGCUUUACACAAUCCCAAAUGUGGUUGUAAACGAUCCCAGACGAGGAAGAAGGCUCUUAUCUAGCAAAACGAUCAGUUAUUUUCAUAAAAUGAAUACAAUUUAUAUACUUUUUAAUGUCAAUCGCUCGUCUUGUCUUGCUCUGCCUGAAGUUUUUUUCUGGUUCAUGUCAGUUAGGGUAUGUCCAAAAAAACUCCCAUCUCAUGUUCUCCCUCAACUUCAAAAUCACCCUAUAUCGCUUUUUUACCUUUUUUGUUAAGGGUGUUUGAUCUUUGCAUGUUCACUUGGCAAAGACUGGGUCGGUACUUCUGCAGUGAUGUAGGAUGAUUCUGAAAUCAUUUUUGAAGUUGAGGGAGAAAAUACGAUUGGAGUUUUUUGACAUACCCUAACUGUCUUGAGCCAGAAUACACAGAGUGUAGGAAGAGCGAGACAAGACGAGCAAUUGAGAUUAAAAAGUACUUAAAUUGUAUAAUUUUUAUGAAAAUAACCAAUCGUUUUGCUAGAUAAGACCCUUCUUUCUCAGCUGGGAUCAUUUACAACUGCAUUUGGGAUCGUUUGAAGCCGCAUUUAAACUGCAUUUUGAAAGUUUAAAAUCGGGGGACGAUAGACGUCCAUUAUAUGGAGAAAAAUCCUGAAAUGUUUUCCUUAAAAAAAUAUAAUUUCUUUACGGCUGAAGAAAGAAAGACAUGAACAUCUUGGAUGACAAGGGGGCGAGUACAUCAUCUGUACAUUUUUGAUCUAAGAGUUGACUUCUCCUUUAAAAGUUUGGGAUUUUGGCGCAAGCUUGACAUUUUUGCUAGAAA